CGGAAACAAUAGGCGAAGUCCCACGCAGCCUUGCGUUUAGCCAAUGUGAAUAGAGUGCUACGAGUUUAUACACCAGCCUUCUUUGCUGGACAUGCCCGUCUAGCUGAAGACAUGCGUCCAAAAGUCGCGUUGAUUACAGGGGCGAACGGCCAGGACGGAAGUUACCUCUCCGAGCUACUCCUCCACAAAGGCUACAUCGUCCAUGGACUGGUACGACCACACGCGAGCGCGUCAGCGCACAGCUUGUACAACCUUACACUUGCCCGAGCGCAUCCAAACUUCACCCUGCACUAUGGCGAUAUAACAGAUAUGGGCUGCCUACUAGGCAUACUACAAUCCGCCAAAUUCGACGAAAUCUAUCACCUAGCGGGGCAAUCGCACGUCGGGCUAUCCUUUUCCAUGCCCGUGUACACGGCCGAUGCUACGGCGCUGGGCACCGUCAGACUGCUUCAAGCCGUUGCGCAAUUGAACCUGUGCCAUAGGGUGCGGUUCUACAAUGCAUGCACCUCCGAACUCUACGGCCGGAUAGCCAAGGGAGAACAAGACGAGAACACGCGGUUCUAUCCAUCGUCUCCGUAUGCCUCCGCUAAAAUGUUCAGCUACUGGAUCACAGUCAAUAUGCGCGAGUCGUAUGGGCUGUUUGCUGUGAACGGCAUCUUGUUCAAUCAUGAGUCGCCUCGUCGAGGUCUCGAGUUUGUAAGCCGGAAGAUCACGCGUGCAGCCGCUGGGAUCCAUCUCGGAGGGAAUGAGAUACUAGAACUUGGCAAUCUCGACGCCCGGAGAGAUUGGGGCGAUGCAAGAGACUUCGUUAGGGGUAUCCAUAUGAUGCUGCAGCAAGAUGAGCCGGAGGAUCUCGUGUUAGCCACCGGGGAAGCGCGGAGUGUGAGAGAAUUUGCAGAAGAGGCCUUCCUUUCUAUUGGCAUUACCUUGGAGUGGAGAGGAGAGGGCAUUUCCGAGAUAGGAAGGGAUGGCACAACUGAAAGGCUCUUGGUCAGAGUGAACCCCGAUCUAUUUCGUCCGAAUGAUGUUCCCUGGCUCUGCGGGUCGGCCAGACGAGCAGAGCAGAAGCUGGCUUGGGCGAAGAGCAUUAGUUUCGAGGAGCUUGUACAAGAUAUGGUGCAAAAUGAUAUAAAGCAGUUAAAGUCUGCUGCAUCGCUGAAGGCUAUAACCCCAAGACUAUAGAUUGAACUACAGAGGAAGAAAGUCAUUACGUCCAAGAGCUCUUUCAUUUUCUCGCCUUGGUAAAACAAGCCACAUGAUGGUCUUGAAAUGGCUCUAUGCUGCAUGAAU